GUGGAAAUGCCUCGGAUCUAUAUAACGAGACCUUUCUCCACAUGGCUGGAAAUAUUGAUAUUAGUGUAAUGGCACACCCAAGGCCAGAAAUUUUUCUUCAGAUCUUUGAAAAAGUACGAGAAAAUGAGGUUGAUGUCCCAGAGAACUGCAGUUCUCAAUCUGUUUUAGAGCACUUGAAUCUGACCCAGAACAGUGACAAGUACACUGUGGAGCGGCCUGUAAGACACUACAAUCAUUUGACAUGGGUGCUACUUGAGAUGAAGAUUUAUGCUAUUCUAGAUCUGAGAGAAACUGACCAGACAUUUAUCGCUUAUAUUUGGGUUUACUUGAGAUGGGACAAUGAGUUCCUCUGGUGGUACCCAGAACAUUUCUGUGGAAUUGAACAUAUCUUGGUCCCUACUAAAUUUUUGUGGAUGCCAGAUCUCACUAUUGUAGAGAAGACAGAGGCAGACAAAGCCUCUCCAAGCCCUUAUCUUAACAUCCGGAGCCAUGGCUGGGUUGAAUAUAGAAAUGACCAGGUGGUGGUCAGCACAUGCAAGAUGCAUGUUUACAGAUUCCCAUUUGACAGACAGAGCUGCAACAUCUCUUUUAAGUCAAUUAUGUACUCAGAUGAAGAAAUUGAGUUAUUCUACAAUGCAAACAGUACAGAAAUCACAGAGUGGUCACGAAAAGUAAUGCGGACGCAGUACGAGUGGCUUUUUGACAGCAUGACAGUCACAGGGAUGACUGUCAACGAUUUUGGCUUCAAUCAAACAAUGGUCGUAUACACAAUAAACAUGAAGAGGAGCGCUGUCCUGUAUACUGCAAACUUCUUGCUGCCUGUUAUUUUCUUUUUUUGUCUGGACUUUGCCUCCAUGCUGAUGUCAGAUACCAGUGGUGAGAAGAUUGGCUUCAAAGUCACCAUAAUGCUUGCAGUGACUGUGAUGCAGCUUAUUCUCAACGAUAUUCUUCCAUCUUCCUCUGCUAGGAUUCCUCUAAUAGCGGUUUACUGCAUUGGGACUUUUGCUCUAAUGCUGCUCAGCCUCUUGGAAACAAUUUUGGUGAUUUAUCUGAUUGAUAAAGAUGCAUCCCAGGUUGCUGAAAUGGAAAAGACAAAAUGGCAGGUUGAAGACCAACAGGAGAAACUGACUGACUUUCCAACCUGCUUUAUAGGGCUCCAGAAAUGUAGUAACUGUACAUCUGCAAAGAAAGCAUCUAUUUAUUGUUCACCAGUUACUGAAAAAGAGGGUGGCAGGGGUGAAAAUACUGAAGUGUCCAUUGCACUAGAAAAGAUGUCAGACGACCUCGGAGAGAUCAAGAAAUCAAUAACUCUUCUCAGUGGCAGACAGGAAGAUGCAAAGCCUGGCUACUGGACCAGAAUUGCUAACAAAAUAAACAAAGCUUUUGCGAUUUUUUAUUUCACAGCAGCAACCCUGUUUUUAGGGAUAGUUUUUACAAUGUGGUUUAAAGAAGAUGCCUAGUAUAUAUAACAGUAUAUAUGUUGUGUUUAACCUGUGUAUUAAUGCUCGAUAUUAAAAUAUUGAUUCAGCUUAUUUUGUUAAUUUAAAAGGCUUCCAAAAAAACAAACCACUGGACUUUGUU